GCCAUUUGGGUGUGGAUAUGCCAUCAUAUACAAUAUGAUGUGGAAGGAUACCAUGACACAAGCAAGAGGUCUUGUGAGCCUGCAGAUGUUCUUCGGUCAGGAAAAAGUGUAUGUUCUGGAUAUGCUGGGCUUUUUGAACAAAUGUGCAGCCUUGCAGGGAUACGAUGCAAGAAGUUGUCAGGCUUCUCCAAAGGGGCUUCGUACAAGCCAGGAAAAGUCUUUAAGGGGGAUAGCGAUCAUGCCUGGAAUGCUGUUUACCUAGACGGAGGGUGGCACCUUUUGGACAGCACCUGGGGCAGUGGCUUUGUGGAGAACUCUUGUACCAAGUUCACUUUCAGUUACAACGAAUUUUACUUCCUUACCCACCCUGCGCUGUUCAUUAACGACCACUUUCCAGAAGAAGAGGAGUGGCAGCUUUUAAGAUGGAAAUUAACUCUGCAGCAGUUUGAGCGUAAUGCGUGGUACCGCUCCAAGUUUUAUUCACUGGGGCUGCUGGCGUCUUCCGCAGAAACAUCCACAAUUGAAACAGGUUGA